CGGGCGGCCAGCCUCUUUCCGGCCCAUUAAAAACCCAGCUCGAAAAUUCAUUUCCUCUCCUCGUCUCCCUUUUCUUCCACGAGUACUACGACCAUUUGACUACUUCUUGUCCAGCUCCGGCGCGGCGAAUCAUUCAUCUGGUCUGGACGAUCGAUCGGCGCCAUGGUGACGGCCGUGGCGGCGGCGGCCGUGCUGGAGCCUCCGCCGCGGCGGCCGCGGCACCGGCUCGCGGGCGGCGGCGAAUUCGAGCUCCGGCACUGGCGGCCGGCGAGGCGGGGGAAGGGCCCGCCGUCGUCCGGGAUGAAGGGCCGGUGGGUGCCACCGGAGAUCGAGAUCCCCACCGGCGGCGGCGCCGAGGGCGGAUACACCAGUCUGCGCGACAUCAUCUCCUCGCCCGAGUACGCCGCGGCGGCCAAGCAGCAGGCGGCUGCUGCUGCGAACUCCCCCGGCGCCGGUGCCGCUGACAUGAUCCGGCACCCGCUGGUGAAGCACGCGGCGUACGCGUACCUGCAGCUGACGCCGUCGGCGCGCGGGGGCGAGGAGCAGGACAGGAUAUGGCGCCGGCGGCGCCGGCGCGGCCCGCUCUGCCGCCUCGUGGCCGGCUGCCUCGGCUUCCUCGGCGCGCUCUUCGCGGCGCGGUGACCUUUUUCUGGCUUGUCUUUUCCGGACUAGCGUAGAAAGUUGGGUCGAAACGGAAGAUUAAUUAGUCAGCUUUGAGAAUUUUAUUUCUGUGAGUUCUUUUUCUGGAUGCCAUGAACUCACUCUGGAUUGAUGCUGAUGCAAAUGUAAUGGCAGAAACCAAAGAGAUGCAAAGGGAAACGACAUAAUAGUCACACAUAUUUGGAAGCCUCUCGCGUCUGAUUGCUGAUUUACCGGGCUUAGCUUUGGUAUGCACUAAUUCCUUCCUUUUGUGCGUGCCUUCCGAUGAUGUUUCAUCGAUCCAAUUAUGCACACGAUUCAUCUUCUCUAAUUAAAAGUGCCCGGAUCAGCAAACGCUGCUCUCCGACGGGGACGGCGCCGAGGAUGGUCUCCUGCGGCGGGCGGUGGCCGUACCGGCGUUUGGUGGCGCAGGGACUCGACGACUUGUUUGGUCCCCUGGUGCACGUGCAAAAUCGGAAACAGAUAGAGGUCAUCAUCGGCAUGUCCAGAUCAGAGAAUAAUACAUCGUCGUCUCUAAAUCUCUAGUAAUGUGUUGGCUCUAGCUAGCGCCUCAAGAUUCGUGCACAGGUCAUGCCUGGUGGGGAACGUGGGCACGACUACGGCCUCCCGUGUCGCCCUGUCACUGUCUCGUGGGGCCAUCGUUGAACCACAAGAGUUUGAGCUGAAUAGAGACGGUGACAACAAUCACAGACUAGCACCAACUCAUGUCUCAUUACUAUCUUAACUUUAUGUAUUGUUUCAAAUAAAAUUAUUACUCAUUAUCGUCA